GCUAGAGAAUUUCAGACCCGUAACAUCAAAGUAACUUUUUCCACUAGAUUUUCAAAAACAAAGGUCUUUUUAAUAGCAGUGUUUAUUUUUGUUACUGCAAGCUAAAAAUAGUAAAGACUGUCUGUUACAUUGUUCAAUAAAGUAUCAUUGCACAGGAGUCAAUGGAAGCAAUUGCUUGCCAAUUUCAAUGCGUACUUACAGUGAAACUAAUUAAGUCAGUCAAUUUUAUUCAUCACAUGCACCCGAAGGUGCAGUGAAAUUUGCCAGCAGCGAUAAACUUAAAAAGAACACACAAUACACAAUUGAAUUUAACAUGAACACCCACCACUGAAUUCUUCACUGUGUUGGGGCCGGGGAAGCUGCGACGCGAUGGGGCGGAGGGUGAUCUAUCCACUGUAUCAAUAUGGAAACCCUCAACUCAGGAUAUUUCGAACCAACUUUUUUAUGACCCUGGUGAGGCCUGGGAAGGAGCAACAAGACGAUACAGGCCAGUUUAGGAUCCCCAUCGAGAUGACAAAACCUGACGUGAAAAAUUACCUACAGGACAUAGACAGUGUCCCAGUGGCUGCAGUUAGGACCAGAAUACAAUAUUGUACUAACAAGAAGAGAAAUCAUACGAAUCAGAAGGUGAAGUGGCCUGAUUAUAAAGUUGCCUAUGUUCAGUUAGCUGAAGGUCAGACUUUCAAUUUUCCAAACAUUUUUCCCAAGAAGGAUCAAACCGCUGAAUCAGGCUCUCUGGAAGAAAUCCAAAAUAAGUUCUUGGCAGAAGAUAAACAGAAACAGAAAGCAGACCCACGGCGAGGGGGUGUCACUGAAUGGUUUGGACUUUGAGACGCACUUCUUUGGAAGUUGAGAUAUUUUUCAGAAGAAUUAUCAUUCAGAUACUGUUCAUCAUGAGCGGUAACUUUGUAGACAUUAUACAUUUUGAUAACUAUUGCUCACCAACUUUCCAGUGAUUUGUGUCCAUUACUUAUAAAGCAGCGGUGUAGUGCUCUGUUACGUAAUGGCUGCGAGUCAGUUUUGAUGUCCAUUAAUUGAAAAUCCAGUUCAAUAUGCUGACCAUAAGAGCAGAAUUAGGCCAUUCAGCCCAUCACGUCUGCUCCGCCAUUCGACCAUGGCUGAUCUAUUUUUCCCUGUCAAUCCCAUUCACCCGUAAUCUUUGACGCCCUUACUAAUCAAGAACCUAUCAAUCUCUGCUUUAAAAAUACCCAAUGAAUUGGCCUCCACAGCCGUUAUUAGUAUUACUGAAGGUAGCUCAUGUAUGGGUGCUAAACUGAAUGUGUACGUAAGUUAAUAUAUCCUGCACCCGACAGUUUAUGCUAAUUUUUAAGAGGGCAGACUUGAUGUUUGUUGGGGGUUGGAGAGAAGGUACGUGGAAAAUAAAUUUAAUUAUUUGAAGACCAACUGCCAAGGAAUUUAUUGAGUUACUUUUGUAAACUUUUUUUUGAGAGAAAAUCAAAUGCAAGUGUAUCUGGGCAAAAAAA